AUCGCCUGGUUCCUGGCUCCGACAGUGUCGCUGGCCGAGCAGCAGUUCGAGGUCAUCCGAGCCCAGAUUCCAAGCGUCCAGUCCAGGUUGAUUCGCGGAGCCGACAACGUGGAUGCAUGGUCAACGAGGCCUGGCGUGUGGGAUGCCGUCCUGCGCAACACCCGCAUCGUCGUCGCCGCUGACCUGUGUGUAGCCCACAACCCUGUCGGAAAGAACUCGGUGGCAAGGCUGAUGAGGGAGCACUACUUCCCCAACAAGGCAAAAGGCCUACCGGUUCCACAUAUCCUCGGGCUCACGGCGAGCCCUCUCAUGACGUCCAACCUGGGCGACCUCGAGGUCCUGGAGCAGACGCUGGACGCCGUCUGCAAGACCCCGAGCAAGCAUCGGGAUGAGCUGAUGGCUCAGGUCAACCGCCCCGAGAUGAUGGUUGUGUCCUACGGAGCCAUCCCCGUUGACGAAGCCGCCGCGCAGCCUACCCCGGCUAUGGAGCGGCUAAUGAAGGCCUACCUCGGCCUCGAUAUCACACGGGAUCCCGACAUCUUGCACUUGGCGUUGAACAGGACCCCGAGAAACGAGCAGAGGCUUCGCAAGCUGUUCGCGAGCAGGAAGACCUACUGCCAGACACAGAUGGAGUCGUUUUAUAGACGAGCCUGUGAUAUGUGUCAGCAUCUUGGACCAUGGGCUGCCGAUUACUAUAUCCACAAAGUUAUUUCUACUUUGCUACAGGACACUGACGAUUCGGCCCAGGAAGGCGACUCCCUGACGGUCAAGCAGCGACGAUAUCUUGUUGAAGCGCUCACGCCGGUCGGCCCCGGCCCAGCUCCUCAAAUACCCACCGCUCUUGCGCCCAAGGUGGUGGCUCUGCUAGGCAUCCUCGAGCGUUACCAAGGCAAUCCAGUCGGCAUCGUUUUUGUCAAGGAGAGAGCCACUGUCGCCGUGCUGUCGCAUAUUCUAGCUGUACAUCCUAGGACAGCAGGGCGCUACCGGGUCGGAUCCAUGGUGGGCACGUCGGCGACGCCGGGGAGGAGACAGGACUUCCUGGACCUCAGCCAGAAGGAGUACAUCCUCUCGCUCCAGGCGUUCCGGAAGGGGACGAUCAACCUUCUGGUCGCGACGAGCGUGCUCGAGGAAGGCAUCGACGUCCCGGCCUGCAACCUCGUCAUCUGCUUCGACAGGCUCGAGAACCUCAAGUCGUUCAUCCAGCGUCGGGGCCGAGCCCGAAUGUCAGCGUCGCAGCUGUACCUGCUCGUCGAAGACGAUUCGGACAAGUCGUCCCGUAUCUGGCUAGACCUCGAACGGGAGAUGAAGCGCAAGUACGAGGACGACAUGCGGGAGAACAAGGAGCUCGAAGAGAUCGAGAAGAGCGACGUGCUGGAUUAUCCGGUCCUCCGGGACGACAAAACCGGCGCCCAAAUCACCAUCCAGGACGCAAAACAGCAUCUCGAGCACUUUUGCGCCACCCUGUCGACCCGCAAAUUCGUGGACUGGAGCCCCUUUUACGUCGUCCACGACCUAGAAGGGAACCCCAUCGACGCUCGCCAGCGGGGGCUGCGAAAGGCGACAGUCCACCUCCCCGUCUCUCUGGCGCCUGAGCUGCGCUGCUUCGAAAGUAUCUACGCCUGGCCCUCGGAGGCCAACGCGUGCAAGGACGCGGCGUUCCAGGCCUACGCCAAGCUCUACGAGGUCGGCCUGGUGAACCGCCACCUGCUGCCCAUCAGGGAGACCGACCUCGUGAAGGACAUCGAGACGCGUGCGGGCGUGGUCCCUGUCCGAGACCAGCUCAAUCCCUGGCCGGCGGUGGCGCAAGCGUGGAGAGACGGCGCGGCGACUUCGAGGAGGAGAUUGACGGUGGCGAGGCACGACCAGUCGGCCCGGGCCGAGUUGCAGCUUGUGCUCCCUCGACCCGUCCCGUACAUGAAGCCGUUCGUCCUGCACUGGGACCACAGCUCGUCGUGGCAUGUGAGCAUCGAUCCCGACGAGGACAUGCCAGGGGCCGACGCAGCGGUCGACAGCCAGGCGAGCUGCCACACAUCCGCCCUCCUCUCGAUGGCGUUCGGGCACCGGUGGCGGAUCGCGGACAAGCAGUUCCCUGUUCGCUUCGUCUGCUUGGAUCGGGAUCUGAACCUGGAGGACACGAGCGUGAUGGAGGUGAGCGCCGAACUGAUGGACGCGGCGAUGGCAUCCACACACCUUGUUCGAGACGUCGCGGAUCAGAACCAUCCGUACUUCUACCUGGAUUGGCUACCGACUAAGCCUUCCGUCGACCUAGUCCGGAAGCCUUACCUGGGCUUUGACGAAGCGCCCGAGGACGCCGCAUACGUUGCCCUCAAGGACUGGCCUAAGAAAGCCGGAUUGUUCCGUCCACCGCAUCGGAAUGCUGCGCCGGCGCCCAGCAGCAAGCCGUACCCGAGAGUCCUGCCUGCAAGUCGACUGCGGGUUGAUAGCGUCCCCGCGGUCUAUGCACAUGUCGGCCUCCUCAUACCCGCCAUCGUGCACGCGCUCGAGGCCCACCUCGUGGCCAAGGACCUCUUGGAGUCCCGGUUGGAGCGGACGGGCAUCACAGACCUGUCUCUUGUUGUAAUGGCCAUCAGCACCAGCGCGGCGAGAGGACCGACGGACUACGAGCGAAUAGAGUUCCUCGGAGACUCGAUCCUCAAGUUCUGUACAACCAUCAACUGUGCAGCUAAAUAUCUGAAAUAUCCAGAAGGCUGUCUGUCGCCCCUGAAGGACAAGAUCGUGUCCAACUCCAGGCUCUUCCGCGCCGCAGUCGAGUUCGGUCUUGACCGCUACAUCGUGCACAAGACCUUGACUCUCCACAAAUGGCGACCUACGUACGUCGAGGACCUGCUGGAGAAUCCGCCGCCGGCAACGCGGACGAGGAUGCUGUCGACCAAGACCCUCGCCGACGUGGUCGAGGCGCUCAUCGCGGCGUCGUACAUCAGCGGCGGCAUCCCCAAGGCGCUCGCCUGCAUGUCCCUGUUCCUGCCCGAGUUCGAAUGGAAGAGCAUCGAACAGGGCCGAGAGAUCCUGUACAACGAGGCGCCGCACGACGAGCCGCUCCCCGUGACCAUGCGGCCGCUGGAGUCGCUGAUCGGGUACACCUUCACCAAGAAGGCGCUGCUGGUCGAGGCCAUGACGCACCCGUCCUGCACGGGGCCGGGGAUCCGCGCGUCCCUGGACCGGCUCGAGUUCCUCGGCGACGCCAUCCUCGACUACAUCGUGGUCAACCGGCUGUUCAGCGACCCGGCCGGGCUGGACAACUCCACGCUGCACCUGCUGCGCACCGCGCUCGUCAACGCCGACAUCCUCGGCUUCCUCGUCAUGGAGUGGGCCAUCGAGCAGGACCGCGUCGAC